GGUAGUGCAGGAAAUAUGUCACUCCGCUCAUUUCACAAGAGGAAUAUAAUGAGUAAUUCGUGUAAGUUCCGGUGUUCUCUUCCAGGUCCUCCUCAGGAAAAUGAGACAGAUAUCAGCAUGCCUCCACUGAAACCGCCCAUGUCUCUGGAAAACAGAUGUUUACAGACAGUGGUCACCAUAUUACGUCAAAUAUGUUGGUCAUGGAUUCAAGAUAUGUAUGCGGCAGCACAGACUGACAGUGAGAGUUACAUGCAUAGAACACAGUUCGUGCUGUCUCAGUGCGAGAAGCUUCGUGAAGUUCUAUUAGACGUGACAAAACCAGUUUUGAAUCAGUUUAUUCCUAAAUUAGCAAGAAAGUUUGUCAACAUGAUCACUAAUUAUGAUCGCAGCCUUCGUGAAUUACAGCCCAGAUUCUGGGACGAAGACAGACACAACAUUGUGUCCGCAGCCAUACUUCGGUCUGUACUAAAUUAUACCACAGAAUAUUAUGACACCCAUGCUAUCAAUUCCAGUUUUGCACAGAGUCUAGUAAUUCAAACUCUGGAUAGUGUACCUGGAUUGCUUGAUUUUAAUCUGGAUACUGGAACUCAAAUCCAAAAUUCAUCACUAUUAGCCAGCAAGAUUCAUCACCUAAAGCUUUUGCGCACGUUUCGGUAUUUCUAUGACUGCACAGACGAAGUAAUAGAACAGUUGCGAUUACACUGUCCGCAACUGAGGAAAAUAAAUGUUACCGGUUCGUACGGGGUAACAGACGCAUCUGUUCGUCAUUUAAUGCAACUCAGAGAAUUAAGAUCUGUAGGUGUGCCUCAUACAAGUAUUAGCGAGGCCCACUACGGGUCGCUACUCUCAGAAUUGCCCCACAUUAAAGACAUCAUAUUCUGGGAACCAGAAAGUAAUAUUUUAGAUCAUAUUGCUGUGGAGAACCUCGAUACGAUAUCACACGUCAUCGGUUAUAUUGAGGAUAUUAAUUUGGUGACACAGAAGUGCCCCAACAUGACUUACUUGGAACUGUACUCGAUUCCCGAUGAUCUGUCACCCCUGACGGUUUUGACCGCACUGGACUCCUUAAAAAUUUCCAAUGGACACUAUGUAACGUGUAAUCUGACGAACGUCCUAAGAGGUAUAGGUCAUAGACUUAGAUAUCUGAGGCUGAGUAAAGUUCGCGACACAAACCUUCACGAUAUUGUAACAUUGUGUCCUUGUUUGGAAAUUCUAAUUCUUUGGGAAUGCAUAUUUUCACCACUAAAUCAAAAUACACGGAUCGACCCCCAGUUACCACAUUUCAGAAGUGUAAUUACGUUAAAAAUUCGAAAGAAGUUAAGAGGUCAGAUUUCUUAUAAGUACCUACUAUAUUACGUGAGAUUGAAAACCAUUCUUUUGCACGGGGUCAACAUCUUCACUAUGGAUGUAAUGAGGGAAGCUAUAAGGAGAGGUACAUUCACACAUCUAGAGCACUUUUACAUACGAGAAACUCGCCAUGGGGCUUUGACCAUUGAAGCUGUUGACCUGCUCAUAGAGCACUGUUCAUAUUUGAAAGGCCUUGGAUAUCUGAGAAGAUGCCCGCUCAUUGAUAUUUUUUCCAUCCAGCAACUUAAGAGCAGAAUAUUAGAGAGAAAUUUCGAUCUUGAAAUUGAAGACUAACACAAGUACACUUCUUGCGUUUCAUGAUAUUUAUCACAUGUUUUACAGAAACGAGGCUUGUCUUGAAAAGGAAGUUCAGAACAUUAUGUGUUUAUUAGUGUGCCUCAUAUCUUAAGAUAUUUUACUUGGAACAAGUACAAUCUGAUCUCAACUUGAUUCACUUCUGUUUAUAAAUUUAUAUUUUGACCGAAGUAAAACAAAACGGAGUAUGUACUUCUCUUGUAUAACUUCAGUAAGUAGUACGGCUCCCAUAUCAGAACCCUGGUCCUUACACUUAAAAAUAUCCCCGCCUUUUUUAUGUAAUUAGAAAUGUGGUUGUUAUUUGACGUGUAAUUUCACAAACUUCAAAUCAUUCGUUUAAUCCUUAUAAUUACAACUCAGGAUGUGGCUAGUUAAUUUCAGUAAUUUCAAA